AUGUCACAUAUCCUUCAACGUCAUGUUAGUUCGUUCUAUGCAGCUUAUACCGAUCUCCGUUGUACUGAACAUGCGCGACUCAUCGCUCGUCAAUCAUUAUCUAAACACAAACAUUUCGAUGUCCUGGAUAUGUAUCGUUCUCAGUCCCCGUUUCCGAUCUAUUUAUCGAUACUGAAUUCCAACGGCCCAAAAUGUUAUCGCGACUAUUCGGAGUCAUACUGUGCGAAUUCUCCGAAUGCAUCGUCCAUCUCGCUGACAAAAUCCUUCAAUUAUUUUGCCCAAUUGUUGAUGUUUAUGAGUAUCGUAUCGAUUAUUUUCGUUUUCAUCACGCGAUAUCGUCAACAUGACAACAAGAGCAAAUCGUGCAGACAUCAGCCGGUUGUAUCAAAUCAUGUGAAAAACCUGCCCAACGAACAAAUCACUGUAAAUAAUGAAUUGACAGAGAAAGUCGACAAAGAAUUACGUCAAUGGAUUGAACGAGAACGAUGCAUCGGCUGUCGAAAUAUGAGCGAAACGUACCGGCGAACAUUAAACGACAGAUGUUUAACAAAAUAUGAUUAUCCUCAAGUCGAGUCCUUGCAAUUUUCCAAUGUAACAAUAUCGAAUAUUUGCCAGACGUGCAACUCGUCAACUGUCGUUAAUGCUACAUUAACUAUUCAUUCAUCUGUGUUUACUUUGUUAAAUUCAAUUCAACAUGAACAGUAUCUCGUAGAAAUACGCCGACUCGUUGGUGAUCUUGAAAUCUCUUUGAUUAAUGAAAUUCAAUUAAGAUUCACUGCGAAACAAAUCGGAUCAGUCGAACUAAUCGACUCAACAAAUGUUUCAACAACGGAUGGAAAACAAGCGAUUCUCAAGCUUCUCACCGAACUCAUUCAUCAAACUACAGUUCAAUUUGCAUUUCAACAAGACAAAAUUAGUAAUCAACUACCGGACACAAGACCGAUAGCAACGACGGUGCAGCCUGUGGAGCAGAGGGCAGCUUUUCCUGUUCCAUCAAUCAUUGAUAAUCAUCAACAGAUUGUUCCGCCGAAAGCGAAAACAAAGAAACUCCUCAUUCGCAUUGUUAAAGCUGUCAAAUUACACAAUGUUGAACAACCAUUCUGUGUCUUGGAAUUAAAUCAUCCCAAACAAAUACAUCAAACAAGUAUUGCUAAAAAUGGCCUCAAUCCCUUCUGGGAUGAAAGUUUCAUAUUUGAUUGCGAUGAUAAGAGUAACGAAAUUCAUCUGAAGAUAUUCGAUCGACAAAAACGGAACAAAAAACUCAAUACUGAUAUCACGGACAAACUGUAUACCGAUGUUUCAAUUCCAUUUUCAUAUGUUACGAGUACGGUUUAUAAGGAAGAUGUUCGAAUUACUCCGCAAUAUCCGGAGUCAAUUAUUCGAAUCGAGUUCUCAACCCUAUCCGAAGAAGAUACUGCUCGGGUUAACAAUGGAUCUGAUUUUGAAAGUAAUAUUGAUAAUCAAAGCUGGUCCAGUUAUAGACGAGAAGCAUCCGGAAUCGAAGAGAAUCAUCAAGAAACACCGUCGACAGAUGCGUCGCCGAGCGAUCCUCCCGUGGCGAACAAUUUUUAUAACUACACUUCGUCGUUAUCUCGGACAACAACAACGGAUAUUUUCCCAACACCACCCGAUGAGAAUAGUCCAUUGCCGAAACCUCGAAAAUCACGAUCAUUCAUGAAUUCACUACGAAGUUUUGCUUCCUUUCGUCAAAAGAAGAAUGUCGACAAAGUUAAACCGAAGAAAAACGGCGUGAUUUCCUCACCGAAUUCGACAACAGGAGCUAACACCUUACCACAUAGUUUUUCUGCAGAUCCGUAUCUUUAUUCUCAUGCAACAGGUGCAGAAUCCUUUCGUCGCCACAACACGAUCACUCGGUCAUUUCGAAAUAUGUUUCGUUCAAGUUCAAGAAAACUACCUCUACAAGCAGAUAACUUCAUUCUCGAUCAUCCUGAUUUGCUUUCAACUUCGCCAACUUCACAAAAGAAACCGUCAUUCUUUCAACGAUUCCGAUCGAAACGCAAAACACGACGGUUAAACUCACUCGCAAAUUCCUUGACCAGUUAUGAUCGGACGAGAGCGGAAUCUGUACACAACACACCUGUUCGCGCCAAUGGCACCCGUCCGUUCUAUUACACAAAGAAAAACCAAUAA